GUGGGAUAGGAAAGGGGAAAGGGCCGGCCCCUUCCGGUUACAUAAUCUCCACAAGAUGGCGGCGCCCAGGGCGUGCCUGCGCCUGGUGGCCCCCAUAUGGAAUUUGAGCGCCAGUGGUAGCCGUUGUCUGAGCAGUGCCGUGACCCCUGAGGGCAAUCAGAGGAAGGGGGGGAUGUUGCUCCAAUUCCUGGCUGACCGCUUCUAUGAUGUGGAGGCUUUGAGGGACUAUUUGUUCCAAAAGCAGCUGUCAAAAGUGCACAAGAAAAAUCGAUCCUUCGUCGGCAUCAAGAAACGAUACGGCCCGUACAUCGCAGGAGCCUCCUUUGUCCUGAAGCAGGGAGGCGCAGUCAAAUUCCAAGGCCAAGAGUGGAUUCGGGCCACUGGGCAUGGCUACUCCCGCCUCAAGUUGUUGAAUUUCCAGGCAGUACCUAUAGAGGCGGUGGAUGCCAGUGACUGUGCCAUCAACUACGAAGGCCUGGACAACAUCUUGGCCCUGAAGGAGCUGCAAUCCCUGUUCCUGCAGCGCUGUCCCCAUGUGGAUGACUGGUGUCUCAGCCGCCUCCACCAGCUGGCCAGUUCAUUGCAGGAGCUCUCGCUGGCUGGUUGCCCCCGAAUCUCCGAAAGGGGCCUCGCCUGCCUCCAUCACCUCCAGAACCUCCGCAGGCUGGACAUCUCAGACCUACCUGCUGUGUCCAACCCAGGCCUCACUCAGAUCUUGGUGGAGGAGAUGCUGCCCAAGUGCGAGGUUGUGGGGGCUGAGUGGGCCCAGGGCCUGAAGUCGGGGCCGGAAGAGCAGUCUCAGGACACAGCCAGCCCCCUCCCUACCUAGUCACAGCCCCUCCCCAUCCAGAGGGAUCUCAGCCAGGCGGUAUGGAGUCACUGACAGUUAUACUUCUGGCUUCCAGUUGGGCUCACUCAUUGUGGGGGUUGAGGUGGGACGAGGGAUGUGGCACUGGGGGGUCAGGGAAAGGAGAGCAUGUGGUCCCCACCUCAUGGACUGGCUACACUCUGGACUGAAGGUCACAGCUCCUGUCAUCCUGUCAGGCAGCCUUUCCCACAUACUUCUAGUAACUUCCUUCCUGGCCAGGGUGGGGCUGGUAAGGACUCUCGGUUGCAAGUAGCCCCAGGGAGCUGCAUUCUCUCUGCGGCCUCCCCACUUUGCCCACUACUGUGUUGAGUCUUCUCAAAUGAACCUUUUAAGUGUGCUGUUUCCUACCGCAACCCUAUGGUAUAGGGGUGCUCCUGGCAUCCCAAAGGGAUAGUUAUUCCGUGUGGGACUAGUCAGCUCACUGCAGGGUACGGCAUCUCUUGCCCACACUCACUAAAUGCCAGUAGCAUCCCAAGUCCUAUGAUGUUCCAGCUUAUUGACUGACUGACUUCAGAUUCAAUGUUUUAUCUGCUCUGAAAACUGGACUGGCCUUUGAAAUAUUUUUCCUUUAUUAACUGGCAUGAGCCUUAUCAGUAGGAGGCGCUUGAGAGACUUUGCAGGAAGCAAGGCUUUUGCUUCCUGGUUCCAGCUCACGUGUGCACGCUCCUGCCUCGCUAGCUCUCUGGUGGCCUCUCCCAUGGCCAGGGGGUCAGCAGCCUCCCCUGAAACCCCACCCUGCUCCACCUGGCAGUUUCCUGGAGGUGUAUUUCACUGGGCUACCUCCUGUGAAUGUCCACCACACCCCAGAGGUGAUUUCCAAGGCACCUUACCAGUGAAUCCCUUGUCACUUUAAUUCGCUGUUGGAGUCAAUAAUUCUUAAAAUGUUUCCUGUUCCGAUUGCUGGGCUUUUCCCCCUCUCCAGAUUGGAUCCAAACUGGUAUGGCAUUGGUAUCCAGAGUGUUCCAGGAGCUAGGCUCACAGAGAUGGGACUGAGUCCAGGGCCUGCAGUCUCAGUCAGGCCAUCACGGGUUUAUUGUGAUGAGGUGCAGCUGAAGCACCAGCCCCAGGAGCCCCUCUGGCUGCAGCACUUGACUGCUGUGGCAGCGAUGACCAUUCUAAAGAUAGGCAGGGACAGGUUCUCUGCAGUGCCCUUGAAUGCCUACAGCACAAGGACGAGCUCGGGUCUGCCACCUCAGCUCAAAUCACAGAACUGAAGCACUUCUGUGACAGCCCCUAUGGUUAGUUCUUGUAGCCACAGGGCUGAGUGUACUGAAAAUGCAACACAGCAUCGAUGGUUGAAUUCCUCUCCUCACGUGAAAGUGAGGGUGCUGACUGGUAACAGUGAGAUCUUGAAAUUUCGUACGCUGUUGUCUCAGGAGAAGCACGAUCUUGGAAACUCACCUCACUCAGCCUCCUUAGCAGCAUCUGAGGAGACCACCAGUCUUCCUGUGCUUGAAACCCCCAGAUGUAAUGGGGAAGAAGCCUUGAGAGUGUCCAUUCUCAAGAGUCAUCACAAGCACCCUGCUAUCACUACACCCAUAAA